AUGGAUGACCCACGCAUCCUGGUCGACUGGGAGAUGUUCCCCCACAUUCUCGACUCUAUCCUCUACUACUCGUCUGACGAAACCCUUAGCGCUUUGCGGGCAACCUCUCGCGCCUUGCGCACAAAGGUGGACGCCAUCUUCGCCACCCACGUCGUGUUCAAUGAAUGGAAUCGAGUCCCUGGGACGCCUGCAGGCAACAAGCUGCCGUGCUCAUACCAGAAGGGCGUUCUUCCGGACCACCUCAUGCCACGGGUCAACGUAGUGGACAUGGGUCUGACGCAUAAGCCCUCCUCUCCCAGUAUCAAGGUUGUCGGCGUAAGGCGCGGCAGCGUCCGAGCUACAAAGCCGGCGCCUAAACCCAAGCUGGACACCUGGCACGGCAAGAACGUUCAAGUUGUCCGGACAAACCUCCAGCCCCUUGUCCCCUUCUUGAUGCAGUUUCCGCAACGGCUGCCGCCGGCACGCCAGCUUAUUGCCUUCAUCCCCAUUUCCCGUCAAACAAGGGUCGCCUACGUCCACACGUUACCCGACACGGUGGAACGUGUCGUGUUUCGUCUAGAGUUUGGGACAGGCUGCGUCGAAUACUUCCCGACCACAGGAUCUGGCACACCCCCGUCCAACACGACAGUCAAGGCGAGGCCGGGUACAGCCACUCUUGUCCUGCCCUGCUCACCUACUGCUUUACCGAACACGCUCCGUGAAAUGGUCAUCAUCUACCCCGAUCGUAGCCGUCCGCAUGGCAGUCUGCAGCCCCUCCUCCCCCUUCAACUGCAUGGACUAAACGACUUGCUCGAGUGGCACCCGGCCAUCAAGUUUACCAUUGUCGGUGAAGACCAGUUUGGUCGCCUGCCGAACAUUGACAAGUGGCGCUGA